GGAAGGAAUAUAUCUCGACCUUUGAACAGUUGAGAGCACCAUAUGAUGUACCAGGAAAAGUAGCGAAUCAGAAACCGAAGAUGAUCUUCUAUGUAAUGUCAAGAGCAGAUUAAAUUCAUUUUAAAAGAAGCUUAAACAUUGUACAAGAGAUUUUUCGAGUCCUCGCAUGCCCUUCUAAAGAAGUCAAGAUGAGUUUGCAUGCCAAAGCGUGUCUUGUGGAAGUAGGAACUUUCUUUGUCUUCGUUCUCGUUCAAAACGAAAGCAGAAAGCUUGAAGGUUAUGAGUUCCCGGUGUAUUCAACCGAGUUCUGUCCAAGAAACAGGUCAGAGUGGGAUCAAAGGUCAUCAGCCAUCAACUGUACUGAAGGCAAUGGAUACAUGUGUCUACCGAACGAAAGCCUCACUCAUCUGUUAGAAUUCUGUUAUAUAUAUCCCCGAUUAGUGAUUUCAAAAGAUCUGUGUUUGUUUUUGAUUAAACGCUACUCGAGAGUAGAUUCAUACAACUGCAGCCGUUUUACUCAUGGAUGCCCGACGUCCACAUAUUUCUCGUCUAAAAUCUUUGAACAUCCGAAUUGUAUUCACAUUGAAAAUGGUUGUUUCUGGGCCGAACCAACAUGUCAGAGUUCAACAAUUAGUUAUGCGCCAAAAACCACAAACUCUAUGCCUGAAGAAACUGUCCAAAUUAAUAGUACAACAACGUUCUUUCAAGAAACAAAAAGAUAUGUAGAAAAAACUACUUUACGCAGAGAGGUACAGAAUGACCAUAACAACGACAAUUAUGGCUGGAUCUUGGUAGCAGUAUUUCUAGGAGUACUUAUUCUUAUCUGUGGCAUAAACAUGAUAUACCUCUUCUAUAGAAUAAAAAUUAAAAUCCGUAGAAGAAACACUGAUGAAGAAAGUUGUAAUAAAGAAGAACAUCUCCCUUUAUGUGAACAUCAACAUGAUGGGACAAAAUCCAACAAAGAAAAUUUAUUGGAGACCAGCAUAUUUAGCCAUUGGCAACAGGAAGACAAUCAUUUUGUUUCAACUAAGGCGAGCACCGAGGUAAAAAAUAAAAUAAAACAUCAGAACCUGGUUAUUGUGACAGGUCACUCAGGAUCCGGAAAGUCCGCCAUUAUACACCAUAUUGCACUCCAAUACAAAGAACAAGGCUGGACUGUGAUACCAGUAAAGGUUGUAGAGGAAAUCUUGAAAAUCUGCCAGAUGGAAAAAAAAUCACAGAACAAAACACUAUUUGUUUUCGAUGAUCCAAUCGGAAAAGAUUCUCUGGAUGAAAUAUUGUAUAAUUUAUGGCAUCGAUAUGAAAAGGCACUGAAACCUUAUCUUAAGACUGUAAAACUUUUAAUGACUUGUAGGAAAUGUAUUAUUUCUGAUAAACGGAUAAAAGGGGUGUUUAAUGAAAAUUCAAUUAUCAUAGAUAUCGAAAAUAAUCAAUGUAAAUUUACUGAAAACGAAAAAAUGAAAAUACUUCGCAAAUACACUUCUGAAUCCAAUUUAUCAGACAAAGAGUGUGCUGCAAUUGUUAAAACCGAACAAUAUUUUCCGCUAUUAUGCAGGUUAUAUUCUAGCAACUGGAGAUGCCUAAAUAAUUUAAGAUUUUUUGAAGAACCUGUUACAGUUUUAAAAGAGAAAGUAAGAGAAUUUAGAAACACUAACACAAAAACGUAUUGCGCUCUUCUUCUUCUUAUAUUCUUUAACAAUGAGGUAUGUGUUGAUGGUCUUCUAGAAAAUGAAAUAUCGAGAGAAAAAUUCAUAAAUGCAUUAAAACUCAGUGGACUUGAUAAUAAUACAACACUUCAAACCAUUGACAACAUUUUCGAAUCUCUUAGGAAUUUUGUAGUUAAGAAAAUUGGGAAAACAUAUCAUUUUUUUCACGAUUUUGUGAUGGAAGUAUGUACCCAAACUAUUGGAAGAGAUUAUCCUGCAGACGUUGUCAAAUAUGUCGAUAUUAGUUUCCUCAGAAAAAAAGUCAGACUAGGGAAUGGUAACGAUUGCAACGACCCGUUCAUCAUACAUUUAGAUAUCGGAAUGAUAAAUGAACUUGACUGGAGACUUUUUGCUGCCAUUUCGGGAGACCGUAUGCUAGAUGUCGUUUUGAAUCCUUGUUUAAGAAACAAAGAAAUGACUUUUUUCUUUAUAAAGGAAUUAAAAAAUCAUCCUGAGGUUUUACAAUUAUUACUUGCAGAACAAGAGAUUCAUAUCGAAAAGCAAUGCCAUCAGCUGAAAACAUCGCUACCUUUGUUUUCAAAACUUGAAUUUUUAUUUUCGAGAACAGAAGUUUCGCCCCUUUGUGCUUUGAUCAUAUUAGGUCACACUGAUUUGCCUCUGUUUUGUUUGAAAACGCUAAAGCAAAUGCGCGUCGAUUUCUCGAAAUGUUCUCUUUUUUCAGCCGUAUGCUGCAAUGGUUCAAUUAAUUUGUUUAAAAUGUUUGUCAAAGACCACAAAGAGGAAUAUUUGACAGCAAAAUGGAACAUAUUUUCUCCUAUUCAUUUUGCUUCUGCCUUCCACAAUCUGGAAGUGUUAACUGAGUUGAUUCAAUGCGGUGUAGAUGUUAACUUGCGAACAGAUGAUGAAUUUGGCUGGGCGCCAUUGAUGUUAGCAGUUGGAAAUGAUUCCCAAGAAAACAUUCACGACAGUCAUGGAAUUUCUAUUGAACGCCACAUUUCUACUGUACAACUUUUAUUGAAGAAUAAAGCAGAUAUAAAUUUACGUAGCAAACACGAUGACACUGCUCUCAGUAUAGCGUGUUCUAAAGACAAGUAUAACAUUGUUCAAAUUUUACUGAAUCAUAAUGCAGACAUUAAUGUUUGCGAUACUGAAGGAUGCAGUUCUCUCUACUAUGCAUCUCAAAAUGGACAUGAAGGCAUUGUACAACUUUUACUAUGCAAUGAAGCUGACAUGAAUAAAUGCAGCAAGUACGGAUUCAGUCCUCUUUAUGCAGCAAUUAAAAAUGGGUGUAGUAAUACUGUUCAAACAUUAAUAAAACACGGAGCAGACAUAAAUUUAUGCAGCAAAUAUGGUGACACUCCGCUAAAUAUUGCUUGCUUUAAUGGCCAUGAUAGCAUUGUACAAUUGUUACUGAACAGUGAAGCAAAAGUUAACUUAUGCGAUAAAAGGGGCGUAAGUCCUCUGUUCAUGGCUUGCAAAAACGGAUAUGAUAGCACUAUUGCAAUUCUACUGGAUAAUGGAGCAGAUGUAAAUUUAUGUCAGAGAGAUGGUUCCAGUCCUCUUUAUAUUGCUUCUCAAAAGGGACAUUAUUACACUGUUCAACUUUUAAUUAACAAAGGAGCAGACAUUAAUUUGUGCAUGAAAAAUGGGACAAGUCCUCUUUUUAUUGCUUCUCAAAAUCGUCAUGAUAGCACUGUUCAACUUUUAUUGAGUUACACAGCAGAUAUUAAUCUAUGUAGGGAUGACGGAGACGGUCCUCUCUCUAUUGCUUGUCAAAACGGAUCUGAUGGCACUGUUGAAGUUUUAAUAGAGAAUGGGGCAAACGUUAAUUUGUGCAAUAAAAAUGGCACAAGUCCCCUGAUUCAUGCGUGUAAAAAUGCACACAAAAGGGUUGUGGAACUUUUGAUAAAAUAUGUGGCAGACAUCAAUUUAUGUGACAACAAUGGAAAAAGCCCUCUCUAUAUCGCAUGUCAAAACGGAUCUGAUGGCAUUGUAAAGGUAUUACUCACAAAUGGAGCAAACAUUAAUUUAUGCGAUAAAAAUGGCGUUAGUCCUCUCCACAUAGCUUGUGAACACACACAUUUUAGCACAGUACAACUUUUACUGAAAAAUGGAGCAGACAUAACUAUCUGUGAUGAAAACAAUUUAAGUUCCCUCCACAAAGCGUGUCGUAAAAGCCAUGUGGACAUCGUGAAACUUUUACUAAGGAAAGGAGCAGACGUUAAAUUGUACAGCAAAGACGGAGAAACUCCAUUAUAUAUAGCUUGUUCCUAUGGACACGAAAACACAGUACAACAUUUACUAGAAAAUAGAGCAAACAUUUAUUUCUGUAAUAAAAACGGAGUAAGCCCUCUCCAUAUAGCUUGUCGUAAUAAUCAUGAGAACAUUAUUAAUCUCUUACUGAAAAAUGGAGCAGACAUUUUUUUGUGCAGUGAAAACGCUCGCGACGUUCUCAGUGAAGUUUGCUUUAAUGGCCAGGAAAGCAUUUUAAAAAUAUUGUUGGGUUAUAGAGCAGACAUCAAUUUUUGUGAUAGUAAAGGGCAUAGUCCUCUUUAUAAUGCUUCCCAAAACGGACACGUUCGUAUUGUUGAACUUUUACUGGACAAUGGAGCUGACUCAAAUUUAAAUAGCAAAUGCGAAUGCAGUCCUCUUUAUGUAGCCGUGCAACAAGGACAUGAACGGAUUGUCCAACUAUUAAUAAGGAACGGAGCUGACAUUAAUUUAAGUAAUAAACACGGUGCCAAUACUCUCAUUACAGCUUGUAAUAAGGGAUAUGAUAGACUUGUACAAAUGCUACUAAUAAACAAAGCAAAUGCAAAUUUAUGUGGGGAAAACGGAGUUAGUCCUCUUUACACUGCUUGUCAAAAGGGGUAUGAUAAAAUUGUACUUCUUCUACUGAGAUACGGAGCAGACAUAAAUUUAUGCUCGGAAGACAGAGUAAGUCCGCUCAUUAUCGCUUGUAAAAACGGACAUGAUAGUACGGUUCAACUUUUAUUGAGAGGAAAAGCAAGAACCAAUUUGUGCCAAAUAGACGGGGCCAGUCCUCUCUUUAUAGCUUGUCAGAACGGGCAUGAUAUAAUUGUUAAGCUGUUACUGAUUAAUGGAGCUGAUAUUGAUUUAUGUAUGAACGACAGAGUAAGUCCUCUCCAUAUUGCUAGUCAAAACAACUGUUAUAGUACUGUUCGCAUUUUACUGAGCAAUGGAGCAAACAUUAAUCUUUGUAAUAAAAAAGGGGAAAGUCCUCUCUUCAAAGCUUGCCAAAGUGGAUACGAUGAUACAGUACAACUUUUACUAGAUGGUGGGGCAGAUAUUCGCCUUCGGGAUAAAGAUGGACUAAGUCCUUUCCAUGAAGCCUGUCGGAACAACCAUAGAAACAUUGCACAACUUCUACUUAAUAAUAAGGCAGACAUUGAUUUACGUAGUAAUCAGGGCUACACUGCUCUCAAUAUAUCUUGUUGUAAUGGACAGGGUAGCAUGGCCAAAUUUCUGCUUGAAUAUGGAGCAGAUAUAAAUAUAUGUGAUAUUGAAGGAUGCGGUCCUCUCUAUAAUGCCUCCCAAAACGGGCAUGAUAAAAUUGUGGAACUUUUGCUUAAAAAUGGAGCUGACUUGAAUUUAUAUAGUCAUUAUGGAUUUAGUUCUUUUUAUGUAGCGAUACAAAAAGGACGUGAUAAGGUUGUGCAAAUAUUAGCUGAUAAUGGAGCUGACAUCAAUUUAUGUUCCAAGUACAGUGAUACUCCUCUUAAUAUAGCUUGUUAUAAUGGACAUGAUAGUACAGUAAAAAUAUUACUAGAUAGAGGAGCGAAUGUUAAUUUGUGCGAUAAAAGGGGCGUUGGUCCUUUUUUAACAGCUUGCCAAAACGGACAUGUUAGCAUUGUACAUCUUUUACUACGAAGUAAAGCAGACAUAAAUUUGUGCGAUAAAGAAGGUCACUGUCCUCUCUAUAAAGCUUGUCAAAACGGAUUUGAAAGCAUCGUGCAAAUUCUACUGAAAAAUGGAGCGAACAUUAAUUUAUGUACGAGAGACGGCAAAAACCCGAUAUAUAUAGCUGAUCGAAAUGGAUAUCAUAAUAUUACACACACAUUGCGGAAAAAAUUAGGCAAACUUUAGUAUUGCAAUUAAAUCGUACAAAUCCUCUCUACAGGAUGUCUUAAUGUAUACGAUAUUACGGUGAAGCAUAGACAGAAUUGAGGAUAAAGCAUGCCAUUGAAAGAUAGAGGAAAGCAGAUUUUUCUUUCCCUUUUUUUUAAAUGCAAUUUAUAGCCCUCAAAAGAAUUUACUUAAUAAGUAAUAGACGAUUAAUAUAUCAAACGUUUGGUCAGUUUUCAUUAAAGUGUGUACAAAGGAACACUGUAAAUAAUUAUAGUCCCACUUAGUAAGCUUUUACAGAGUAUUCAGUAAAUUUUUUUUAAACAAGCAACGAUUUUAGGUCCAUCCUGAUCCACACACACACACACACACACACA